AUGGGUAAAACAAGAAGUAGUAAAUACGCCGAGCUAAAGAAGAUAUAUGAGUUCUCGUCGGAGAUGCUAAUCAAGAUAUUCAAGGAGCUUUCAGACCCCGAUAUACAUUCUUGUGUCUUGGUAAAUCGGGAAUGGUGCAGAGUUGGAUUGCCGUUACUUUGGGAAGAUCCAAUAUCGUGGGGAGCACCAAUAAUAGAAAUUUACUUGAACUUUCUGAGUACAGAACAAAGAUCUUCAAUAAGGAGAACUGGUGUUAUUCUCACCAAAGUCUCAAAUCACAUAUUUUGUUAUCCGGAUUUCAUCAAGAAACUCUCAUAUACCGAGCUACAUGAAGCAAUACAUUCUUGGCUUAUUGAACGUAAACUUGUGUCGGCAACUUACCAGGACUUAUUUAAUGAAAGCUUUGACCAAAGAGAAGCAGACAAAGACGAAAACAAAAGAACAAUUAUUAAGAUGAUGUCAAGUUUGAUAUGUCAUUUAAUUAAGCUGCUCCUCAAUUCUUCUAAAGGAUUUGAAAUGAUUGAUUUGUCCACCAAUUAUAGAUGUGUCGGGAUUCCACCAAUAAUAACAAAAUCACAAGACAUGUUGAAACUUGUAUUUAUGAAUCUGCCCUAUCUAAAAGUUCACACUAGCUAUGCCGACUCGAGGAUUACACCGGAUAGAUUGGAUUCAGCAAACAAGUUAUUCACCAGAAUGGUAGAGUAUUGUACUAAAAUUCAAUAUCUAGAUUCUAAAGAUCAAAAUAAUGAAAGGAAUGAGGUGAGACAGUUAUAUAGAUUAGUGGCAGUUCAAAAAAAUCUUAAACAUUUUACUGCUCGGCGAUUCGAACUUUGGCCUAAUCUGAUGGUGACACUGGCUGAAACUGCGGUCAACACUUUGAAAACAUUCAAUGUGUCUGGAGUUCCAAUAGAUAGCUCCCUGUUUGCAGAACUUUCGAAAUGUAAUGUACUGGAAGUUUUGUCGUUCGUUAGAUGCAUGGAAAAAAAGACUGAGGUCACAGUUCACAGCAGCAGUAAAGGGAAAACCAGGGGAAGGAAGAAAGACAACAAUAAUAGAGUGGAGGGAAGAUUAAUAUCAUCUACAUUGUCAUCGAUGUCAUCCAUUAUUCGCGCAAAAAGAUUGUACUUUUAUAAGAAUAAACUUGAACCCGGAACUUUGAAAGCGAUAUUAAAAAUGCUAGGAAAGAACAUUCAAAAGUUGACCGUUGUAAAUAAUAAUACUGAGACAAUUAUUAAAGCGAUUAGGAAGUAUUGUCCUUACCUAAAAGUUUUGAUAUUGCAAAUUUAUUCGGACACUCGAUUUUCUACAUUUUCUGAAUGGAUUGCUGGUUCCAAGUUGCAAACUCUCAUAUUAGGAACUUUGAUAUCAAACGUCAAUAGUUUUGCAGAUAGACCUGAUACUUCAAUUUGCGAAAUGCUUGCAGAGAUGGGAAAUUAUUUCCCACUUUCUCUAAAAUGUGUAGAUUUUGAUUUCGAAAUUUCUCCAAGUCAACUGGAAUUAUUUUUAACACGUAGUAAUUAUGUGUUUGAGGAGUUGGGUCUGCACCAAGCAUUAGGACUAGAUGACAAAUAUUUGAGAAUAAUUAAAACUCACGCCAAAUUAUCUAGAUGUCUCACCGAACUCACGUUUGAUCGAGUUUACUGGAUUACUGGUGGGGACGAGAACACCGAUGAGACGGAUUCGGAUGUUAUAGACGAAGAAAAACCCGACAGAUCAUAUUUUAGCAAUAAAUCAUUAUUAGACGCCGAAAAGUACAUUCCGACUAUCACUUCAACGUCAAUCGAUCCUUUCACCGAUCCACUUAAAUACAUAUUCAAGGUCCACGAUAUAGACGAGAUGGAUACUGAAGGCAUGGAGAGAGAUGGAAUUGAGAAAUGGUAG